AAAUUAGGCGCGCUAGCGACUCUUUGCACGAGUAUUUAAAAUUUAGCUAAUUAAUUGAGUGGGGAAGCUACUCUUUCCUAGUUUGUCCAAAUUUUGUUUUCGCAUUAAAAUGUGAUGCAAUUGGCAAAUAGCCACUUUCUGGACAGCUAAGUAAACAACAUUUCAAAACUAUUCAAAAUUUAGCCUUUUUUUAAUUGCUUGAGUAUAUAGUAUGUGAAGUCUUUUCAGGAUUUGUUAUAAAAGGUUUAUUACUAAAAGUAUUAGAAGCCUCAGGGAAAAUCUAAAAUAAUGACAAUCUAGUCUAGCCUAUAAAAAAAUGUUACAAAGAUGAAGAUAAAAAGUAGAUGAAAUUAGUUGAGAUGCGUGCAAGUUAACCGAACAUCACUGUCAUAAAUUUAAACAAAAAAGUUACAAGAAGAGGAGUAAAAUUGUUCAUUUGCGAAAAAUAAAAGCACCAGUAGAAAAGGACUCUGAUUUGUGACAAAAAAGGUAAAGAGCAAAAUGUCCAUAAUAAGAGGGAUGUGUGAUGUCCCAGGCUGAGUGUCAAGUACCAAAAGUGAAAGGCCUGACUCGAUCUGGCUGAAUAAAAUAGUAUAGUACCAGUAAUGGUAAUAGCAGCAGCAGUGUAUAAUAAUGAUAAGUGGUCUUAAUUAGCAUGUAGCCGAAGGUUGCGCAUCCUCCUAUUUACAUUUACCCAUGGGAUGAGAAUGGGACUAUUCUUCCUCUAUGUUGUAUGUUAGUAAGAAAAUAUAACUGCUUCCAUCUUUCUCAGAUCUCUCUUCCCAUUUCUGGAUUUAUUUAUAUCUAAGUUAUACAGUUAUCCCUUUCCUAAACAACUAUACUCUUACCUAUUCCUAGCUCCAUUUGCCAAUCCCAAAUUGAAGAAUACAAAACAACACAACAGAAAAAAGCUUCCAUCUUUUUAAAUCCGAGGAUUUUACCGAGAAAAAAACAUUCCGGUGGCUGAAUCCUAUACCAAAACCGAGAAAAGCUCUUGUCUUUCUGUCUUUAAAUUAAGUUUAACGAUCGGUGGAUAGAUCGGAAAGAUCCAUAUUAGUAUUGAUAAAUGGGCGGUUCUCAGUCGGUAGAGGUACCCUCUGAAGAUGAAGACCAAGAAGAUGAAGAAGAAAAUGCGGAGCACGAGAACGACACCCCUGAUGGCCGAUUAGUUGGUGACGACACAGCUCUGCUCAAGAAGGUUCUUGAACAAGAGCCCGAGAUGUUACCUUGCCACGCCUCCGCAUCGCCUCUCUCCCCUCAGCUCUCUUCUUUCGGCACCCCUCGUUUGGGCCCUUCUAUCAAGGUGUGGGAUCCUUAUAAUGUUCUUGCCCCACCUCCCUCACUUCCCCCUCCCCCUCAUUUCCACCGCACCUUCUCCUCUGAUUCUGUGGAUGAGGAUAGGACCCUCACCGAGGUCUAUUUGAUUAGUAAUGGAGAGUGUCAUUCGAAUUUAAGGCCUGAUUUGAUUGCUGGCCGCUGCCCCGAGGCUGCACUUACCCCUAAUGGCAAGCGACAAGCAAGAGCUUUGGCUGUAUUUCUCAAGUCUCAAGGGAUUCGUUUCAAUUCUAUCUAUACGUCUCCCUUGGAUCGCGCACGAGCUACUGCCCUCUCUGUUUGCCAGGAAUUAAACUUUUCAGAGGAACGUAUACAAUCCUCUGAUGCACUACUGGAAAUGAGUCAGGGGCAUUGGGAGGGAUGCCACCGCUCAGAUAUUUUUACACCCGAAACAAUUAGCCUAAUGGAAAAGUUCCAGCCUGAUUUUUCAGCACCAUCUGGAGAGUCACUGAGGCAGGUGGAAUUCCGGAUGGUACAAUUCCUAAAUGGAACUGUUAUGGCAUUGCCUGAAAAAUUCAGAUCUGAUUUCUCUCCACCUGAUCAGGGUGAGAACCAGGGCUUCUCAAAUCGUGGUUCUCAUGCACUUGUCAAUUCAGUUCAUGACCGAGAUGGGCCGCCCUCUUUCUCGUCGUCCCAUUGGGAUUCGCACCACAGGAACCGACAAGGACUUUCGAGGAAGAAGUCUGGAAAGAGUAGGCUUCAGAUCGUGACAACUACUGGGGAUCAUGAGGCUGAUGAUGAGAUGUCACCUCGAGAACCCAUUAAUCCUAACUCCAUCCGUGAUUUAAAUGUGCAAAUCACUACUAAUGUUUCUCAAUGCAUCGGUAUUUUUACACAUUCAAUUCCGGUUAAGUGUCUUCUUACUGGCCUCCUUGGCUGCAGUGCAAUGAUGACAAGUAAGAUAUGCAUAGAUGAUUCUUCUGUUACAGUGCUACAACAUUCCUGGAAAAUGGGAUGGCAAAUCAAGAGAAUGAACGAUACUGCACAUCUUAGACUUCUCUAGUAAAUUAUUCCAUUUGGCAGCUGAGAACACUUAAAGUAUUCUGGCUCGAUUAAGGAAUUUUUCAAAGCAUUGUGUAUUCUACAACUAGAGUCAGAUCACGGCAUGAUACUUUUGAUGAUUCUCAAUUUCUUUUGCAAAAUUAAUUUCCACUUCUCCAACUGCAUGCCGAACUGGAGAUGGAGUUGGAACCACGUCUGUGGAUUAUUGUUUCUAUUUGUAGCAUUUUUAAAUUCUUGAUAUUGUAGGGCACUUCUAGUGUGGCUUUCUUAUAAUAAGCUGUUGAGUAAA